AUGCCUUCAUCUAAGAAGAUUACACUAGGAAGUUCCGACGGAGAAACCUUCGAGGUAGAGGAGGCAGUAGCCCUCGAAUCCAAAACCAUCAAGCGCAUGAUCGAGGAAUCCUCCUCGAGCAACCAAGAGGUCAUCACGUUGCCUAUUGUCUCCGCCAAUAUCCUAGCCAAGGUCUUGCAAUACUGCGAGAAGCACAUCGAAGAUGACAGAAGCACCGCUAAGGAACUCAUGACAUGGGAUGCCGAUUUUGUCAAGCUCGAUAAAGACACGCUCUUUCAGCUCGUCCUUGCUGCAAACUAUCUUGGUAUCGAGAGAUUGGUCGAUUUGGCGAGUGAAGGUGCAUGGAGCAAGGUGAGGCCAGAGAUCGGAGGUUUGCGUUUUCGCAAGAUGUAUGGAAACAACUGUAGUUCUUAUGAAGAUCAAGAGAUUGAGAUGGGGUACCUAUGGGUUUCGGGUAGUUAUACAGGGUAA